AUUAAAUAAUAUUAUGCGCUUAUGGGAUAAGCACACUUUUUUCAUUAAAAAUUUCAUUUAUUCUGAGAGGUCUGGAAUUCCAUACCUAGACUUUAGUGAGCCCUCGAAUUGCCAGGGCUACCAGGAUCCUCCUGAAACUCCUGUAUGCAAAUUCAAUAUCGUUUGAAAAUUUGAAAACGUCAUUUUUUGUCAACUAUUUCGAAUUUUAAACUGUAGAGGGCUACAAAAAUUCUUUGCAUGUCCCUGGUGCACAGCGACUGCGCUGUAUCACGGGAUGCUAAAUAAUCAAUAAUUGUCACGUCGUGGACCAAAGAACGAAAUCAAGAAACUUUUCAUCUAGCGAAGGUUUUCAUAUUAUGAAAAGCAAAACACAUAUCUGUGUGCCAGGUACUGGCGGGUCGUGGACAACGAGCUCAUAGACGUGACACUCUGCCUUGCGGGGUCGCGAUCUAUUUACUGUAACUGAAUACAAGAAUAAAAGUGCUCAAUACAACUAACGGUGUGAGUGACCAAAUACCUUCCUCGCGAGAUCUCUGGCAGCGAUCCCAAAUCGUACUCACAACGAGGGGUACAACAGUGGUGGCAGCGGUGGGAUUUGCACUGCCAAAAGGAAGAUUCAAGAGGAACCAAGCGUCACCGAGCAAUCAGCUGUACAGGCCAGGAAGCCAGCCACGCCGGAGCGUACGUAGCGCGUCAGCGAUAAGAGUAAAACUCGAGACGACGCCGAGACCUACCGCGACAAGGCUUAGCUGAUCGCCGCACAAUGCAGCUCAUCGUACUUAUGUAAGUCCGACAAACAUUAAAUUGUUACGCGAAACAAGCGUAGGACGACAUAAAAUUGUAACACGAAUAGAGCAAAAUAUCGGUUGACCCCCGGUAACUGAAAUUACCGUAAAAGAAAUAGCUAGGAUAGCUGCUGUAAUUCAAAGGCAUACGAAUGCAAACGCACUAGCGCAACGCGACAUACGCGAUAUUACAAAAUAAGCCGUAACACAAACUCAGCACGCACGCUUAUAACCAAACGUAAAUGUCCACCGAGCAAAACAUUGACAAUAUGAACACACGUUCACCAACGGGGACAGACGUAGCGGAACGGUCGACACGCUCUUCGCCACAUGCGUCACCCCGCGUAAUCCGGGAAGAACCCGAAGAAGAAGCACAAGAGCUUCAAGACUCACACGAGCAAAGUGGAAAUACACCGGCAACGCCACAAAUAAAUAGGCGACCGAUAUACCUCAUGGAGAACAUGCUCCAUGAACUAUUAAUUGAAAUUUGCGAACUUCGUUCUCAACUGGGAAAUCGAAACGAAGUCCACUCUCCGCCGAAGGAAAUGGCCAGGAAUACGCGACGCCUUACUAACCACGCGCUAGAUCCUUCACAUGGUCGAUCGCUCAGAGAUUUACGGCACCAGCACGGAUCUCACAUCCAAUAUUCAAGCUUAAAAGAAGCACGAAAUAUAAUCCCCGAGAUUAAUAAGACUUCGAGGGAUUGGACAACUCAACAUUAUGAAACAAUCGCAAAAGCGAACGCAGAAGGAAAGGUCAAGAGACCUAAUCCACGAACCAAUGGACACAAGAAAGAGGUCCAAACUGAAUCUCAGCAGAAUAAUCAUAAACCGACUCCCCAAUGCGAAAAAUGCGGGAAAACUGGCCACAAUGAAGGAGAAUGUCGAAACACUCGACAUGCCAAACAGUUUAAAUUACCGAGACCGAAAGGACGCUCUUACGUAAAUACAUUAAACGCAUACUGCGAAUACUGCAAAAAAUCCGGACACGCCCGGAACAAAUGCUGGAAAUUACACGGGCACCCUAAAAAAGGAGGUGACCCUUGGUCCAAAGAAAGAGCCAAAGACAAUAAAAAGGCUGAAGCUAAAAAUAGCAAAAAUAAGAAUAAAGAAAUUAAAAAGUCAAAAUGCUCGAAAUCAGCAAGUAGCAACAGCGAUGAGAGCUUGAGCGACUUGAGUUCGACGCACACAGCCGCAGCGUAUCAUGUUACGCAUGUAAAGUGAGACGCACACAAAGACAGCGGACUUGACUUAGUCACGCUUCCAAUACGAGAGACCAAAUCAGGAAAAAUCAACGUGUUAUUCGAUUCCGGAGCCACACUCUCGUUGAUAAAAGUAAAAAA